CCCUGUGGGAGCAGCAGGUAGACCACCUCUCUACCAGGCCCGCUUACCACAUGGUAAUGGUCGUCUUCCACCACCAGGUGCAAUGAUGGCAAGUGUCACGGGUGCUGAUACCAACGGUGCAUCAGGCCCUUUGCAUCACUCACGCGGCUUUGGAGCUCCUAUACAUCGGCCUGGCUUCUCAGGGCUCCCUGGUGGCGCCGGUGGAGUUCCAAGUGGUCAUGCAUUCUGUUUCCCUUCCAAUCCUCCACACAUUCGCCCUGAAGCCCAUGGUGCCCGACCUCCUUACUCUGGGCCCCAAUUUUCAGGACAUCCUGGGGGACCUCCAAGUCGUUUUCCUUACCGACCGAGCCAUGUACCUCCACCGGGCCCUGGCUACUAUAACCAACAUCACCAUCAUUCUCAUCACCAGCAGUCUGGCGUCAGGCCAUGCAUGAUAAGCAAUGGUCCUCCAGGUGGUUUCAUGGGCCAUGGCCAAGGUGGGCCCGGCUCCCCUCCACACCCAGGGCAGACAGAGGCUGCAGCGGCUAAUGCCGCCAAAGAGGCAUUGGUGAGCUCAGAAUUGGACAAAAUGGCAGCCAUGCUCGCGCUAUCUGCAAAACGCGAUUCAAACUCGGUGACUACUUCUGGAGGUCUUAAUGAUUCCUCAGAGCUUGGCUCCCAGACGCAAUCGCAUGCAACUUCAGGCUCGACAAAUGAUUUAGGAGAAAAUGUGAGAUUUACUUUCCGACACAAGUAUUAUGUUUGCUGCUAA